UUUACGUUGCUGCCUGUCCGCACGCACUGUAGAUACGGACAAUUACCUCCGUGAAAAUCAUCGGUCUCUUUUGAUUUGACACCCCAAAUAAAUUAUACUUUUCCGUAGAUAUAUCCCCGGCUUGCCUUAACGCCAUAUUAUGAGAUAAUGUCUGCUGGAGCCAGUAGCACAUCCACAGCGAACGUGGGGGUUCUUUUUAAAGCGCACGGUCUACCAUACAGCACGUCCAUGGAAUCCACCGAUCCUCUGAAGGCAUGGUUUUCCGCGACAAACAACCUCAUCCAGCCGGUUGUUGAGGGCCAGCGCGUCGACAGCGGAAACCGUGUGCAGUUGGAGAACCUCGUUGAUUUAGCGUGGAUAUCGGGUGUUCAGGUUGCGAUUACUGAUACUAAGGCGCAAACGGAGAGCAAGAAGGUUGCGGAGUUUUGUGAUGUAAAAAAGCUUGCGAGUUUAGCGCAAAUUAUCCAGAAGAACCAGACAGUGUUCGGAUUGGCGUUGACGGGUGACAGUGGCCGGCAUAUCUCGGAAUGUGGAAAGCACGAUAUCAUCUCAGCCACCAAGAUUUUACAGUUUUUCAGUCUUGCGGCUCAAGAACUGCUUAUCGAAAAAGAUGCUUGGCAUCCUGUGGGUUCGGUUGAUAUCGCGGUUCCACAGAACUCACCGCUAGCAGCGUUAUUAGACCGAUUGUGCCCGGCGAUAAUAACCGGAAAUUGCGUGAGACUCGUGUCACCGGUUCAGACUGCUCGCAGCGUUACAAUCUUGAUGGACUGCUUGGCACAAGCUGGCAUCAAAAACGUCGAUUUCCUCGUCGUACAAACUUUGGCAGAUUGGAAAGGCAGUGGUGACGUUUUGGAUUUGUCUCUGUUACACCUUCGUGAGGUGUCAUCGUUAUCUUUUCCCGGUUACAAACACAUAAUUUACCCUGGCUAUGGUCGAUCCGCAGCCAUUGUGGCCGACACGGCAGAUGUCAGCAGCGCUGCGAAUUCCAUUGUUAAUGCCGUUUUAUUCCACAACGGACAGUCUAAGUCGUGCCCUUCGAAGAUCGUUGUACAGGAGUCGAUUUAUGAGAAAUUUGUGGAUGCCGUGCGUGCCAGAGCCCAGCAGAUCCGUUUCGGCUCACCGCUGGAUAAAUCUGCCGACUGGUCUUGGCGCACGGAUACGUCAAAUGCGAAGAAACUGAAUGAUCAUGUUAAGCAGGCCCAAAGCGAAGGAGCGGAGAUUGUUUUCCUGGGUCAGAUGCCGGCGUUGGAUAAAACAACCGAUAAAUUUGUCAGCUUUCCGGCCGUUAUCGUCAGCAAUGUCGGCACAACAUCAGUGUUUCUAACUGACCAGUACCGCGGCCCGGCUGCAGUGCUACUGCCCUUUCGCACCCUCAAAGAAGCGGUUAGUCUAACCAACAACGGCCCCUUCGGGCAUAGUAUAAGUAUUUGGGCGGAGAACAUAACGGGAGCCAUGGAGCUGGCCAAGGCGGUGCGGGCCGCCACGGUGUGGAUCAAUGGCUGUCAUGUGUAUGAUGUCAGCGUGGGGCAAGGUGGGAGCGGUGCCAGUGGGUGGGGAGUGCGAGGCAGAGAGGCACUGUAUGAAUUUCUGUCAUGGAGGACGAAGUCCGACGCCAACGUACCCGUUGCGGAACAAGAUAAAGAAGCUGCUAUGACCUUAAGAAAAUACGGAAAAUUUUAUUACGGAAACGGUUUGAAGAGCGCCGACAGCGGGAGUAUGCAGACUAUCAGUUUCCCACGCAGUCAGUUGGGGAAGUUUGAAGCACCGAUUGGCAGCAGUAAAGACAUCAAAUCAGCCAUCGAGAUAGCUGUAGCGGGUGCAGUCCCACUGGGUAAAACCACUGGUGUGAGCCGGGGGCAACUUUUGAUCACCUUGGCGGAGGGUAUGGUGGCGCGCGCCAACGAUUUCCUUACAUUGCUCCGAGCGUUGUCACCUGACGGGGAUGAUGCGCAACGGGAAUUCGAUGCGACAGUAGAGCGCUUGAAAAUACUGGGAAAUGAAUGUGCUCGAGGCGGUGGAUACUGUAUGCAACUAAAUGAAACAAUUUCCGUGACGUACUUACUGGAUCCUUGCGGUGUAAUUGGCGUUGCGUUGCCGGAAAAGCAUCCGCUGAUAAGUUUGACGACAGUUAUCGGGACUGCUGUGGCAAAUGGGAACUGCGUUGUGGCUGUGCCGGCGCUCCGUUCUUCGGCGAUCGCUUUGGAGUUCUGUCAGGUUUUGAGUUCCGCUGGCGUUCCAGCUGGAGCGAUAAAUAUCGUUACCGGAAACCAGAGCGAACUGAUGGAAUCAUUUAAAAUAUAUCCCGACGUCUCCACAGUGUGGUUGUUUGAAGAGGUAUCGUCACAAAAUAACCGGGAUGCGUGGGCAGAUGAGAAGGGCAAACGAAUAUGGCGCCCGGUGGGCAUUUUUGACAGCGGUAAUGAAUGGAGUGGCUUUCAUGGGAAUUUAUUCAGAAAUUAUGCAGUGAAGAAUAAGCGCAUCUGGAUUAAUAGUCUGCAGAGUUUCGUUAACUAAUUCCCAUUUUCCAGAAGUAGUUGCUUCUGGUUUCGAUAAUUGCUCAGUAAAUUAUUUCAGUUUGUGAUUUCCAUGGUUUAUGGGAUUUGAAGUUUAUUUUGCUAUUUUAUUUUAUUGUUGUUACGUUAUUUACUGUUUAUCAUAAAUUAAAAGCCGGUUUGCUGA